AUGUGGAGAAACCAGGGGGAAAUUUUGUGUAACACUCACCCGGGUAAUCGUACAAACAGUGGAUGCUCCGGAGUGUCUGCUUCAUCCACCAUCCAGCAGAACAAUGGCCAAGGAAAACAGUCCAAACAGGAAAUCCACAGACAAUCCACACGGUUACGUAGCAAGUAGGCCUACAAAUCGAGAAAAAAAGUCUCAACCAAAGGAUAGAGUAGACGACACAUUUUCAAAUUGAAAAAUGUGCUUUUCGCCCCAGAGUCUGUGUCAACAAUUGUCACACAUCAGAGUCUGUUAACCUGCACUUCUUGUGAUCAGGGUGUCUAUUAUCAAACAGGAGACUUCACUAAAGUAAUAGAUGACCCAUACUGCCAGAUGCGGGCCGGUUUUGUCCAGGACCAGUACUGUGAGAAAAGCUCUGUGUUAACUUGGUUGAUCCCAACUCUGUCCAGUCCUCAAGAUCGAUUUGAUCCAAGCACAUUUAUUCUUGGCCCUGAAGAAGACUUGCCAUGAAAAAAUGGAAUUGUCUGUCACGCUCCAUCAGUUUUCAAUUCAAGAAGUUGCCUUUUCCCUACAAUACCAGUUCGUCCAGAAAAAGGCUACGUUUGGACUCAUGCCGACACCUGCUGA